AUGCUCUGGAUUAUCGUUCGGAUAUAUGCAGGGCGCCAUUUAGAGAUGCAAGCCAAAUCCGGCUCUCACCAGCACUACCCAUGGCAAGACAAGUUCCCGUACGGGUGGAGGGGAAUGGACGACCUCCGCGACAACAUGGAUCUCUGGCCCCAGGCGGAACUUGACAUCUGGCGAAGACAGAUUGAAACAUAUCUCAGCAAUCAUCAAGGGCUUCCUGAUACUGAAGAGGUGUUGAUGCUGGUCUCCAAAGAGGAGUCAAACGCUUUUGGACUCUAUCCAGGGGCCACAGGGAUAAUUCCAUUCACAGACCAGCCACAUAAACGAGGCCCUCAAUAUGCAUUAGCUUGCUACCAGCGAGCGACCAUGGCGAACCAUUCUUGUUUUCCGAAUAUUACCUGGGCAGCGGAUGAGCGUGGGCGGAUAGUCUACACCACAUCGCGAGAUAUAGCUGCCGGCGAAGAAUGCUGCAUUGCUUAUUUCGACUUGUCCACAUACGUGGAUUUCCAGGCGAGGCAGAAGCUGACCAAGAACCUUUUCACUUUCGCCUGCACUUGCGAACGUUGUCUGAAGGAGGCCCAAAAUGCAUAA